CGUUCAUGUUUGCGGAAUCCGCGUUCACUUCUGCAAAGUGUCGGAGGUUUGAGCACAACUGUAGCAGCGGACAAAAAGUAUAAAUAAAAAGAAACUGGGGAGUGAAAGAUGUGGAAGUCGGUGGUGGGUCACAAUGUGAAGAUGAAGGUGGAUGCAGAGGGGGAUGACUGGGAGACGGACCCGGACUUUGAGAAUGACAUCUCGGAGCAGGAGCAGCGGUGGGGAGCCAAGACGGUCGAAGGCUCUGGACGCCCACAGCACAUCAGCAUUGCAGAGCUCAGAAACAAAGUCUCAGUGGAACACGAGCAGGUGAAGCAGAAGGAAGACAGCAAGAAUCCCAAAGCAUCCUAUGGCUACGGAGGCAGGUUCGGAGUGGAAAAGGACAGAAUGGACAAGGUGGCCGUGGGUCACAACUAUGUGGCCCAAGUUGAGCAACACUCCUCCCAGACCGACGCUGCACGAGGGUUCGGUGGGAAAUUUGGUGUUCAGAAAGACAGAGUGGACAAGGUGAGAAGAUGGACUCCGCCCAUGGGCUUCGAAUAUAAAGCCGAAGUGACCCAGCACGCCUCUCAGAAAGACUAUUCAAAGGGAUUCGGAGGAAAAUACGGAGUGGAGAAGGAAAAGGUGGACAAGGUCGCAGUGGGAUACGACUACACGGGAAAGACGGAGAAGCACCAGUCACAAAAAGAUUUGGAGGAAAGAGGAAAGUACGGUGUGGAGAUGGACAAAAUGGACAAAGCUGCUUUGGGCUACAACUAUAUUGGAGAAACAGAGAAGCACCAGUCACAGAAAGAUUACUCAAAGGGGUUUGGUGGUAAAUUUGGUGUUGAGGAGGACAAAGUGGACAAAGCCGCUCUGCGUUACGAUUAUAAAGGAGAGACGGAGAAACAUCAGUCACAGAAAGAUUACUCUGCAGGUUUUGGAGGCCGUUAUGGCAUACAGUCAGACCGCAUGGAUAAGAGCGCCGCUGGCUUCUCCGACAUGGACUCUCCGACCUCUGCUUAUGAGAAGACGCAGCCGUUUGAGGCCUCGAGCAUCGGCGCAGAAAACCUCAAGCAGCGUUUUGAGAGCAUGGCCAAGACUUCAGGUGAGGAGCAGAAGAAGAAAGCAGAAGAGGAGCGAGCGAGGAGACAGGCCAGAGAGAAGCGAGAACAAGAGGAGGCCAGACGGCGACAGCAGCAGAAGAGAGAGAGAGAGGAAGAAACUGCUCCACCACCUGUUCCAGCUGCAGCUCCAGAGUAUGACCGCGUACUCCCAGAAAUCCACCAGCACCUCCAGGUCACCGAGGAGCCGGAGGGGGAACCAGAGUACGAGGAGCCACCAGCUUUGCCGCCACGCUCAGCUGAUUUCCUGGAUGAUGUCCUGCUACCCGCAGCGGAGGAGGAUGACGACGGGCUGUACGAGGACUUCACCGAACCUCCUCCACCAGCAGAUCUGGAUAAUGACUAUGAAGAUAUUUGCGGUCAGAAAGCUGUUGCCAUUUACGAUUAUCAAGGAGAGGCAGACGACGAGAUCUCCUUCAAUCCAGAUGACAUCAUCACCAACAUUGAGAUGAUCGAUGAGGGCUGGUGGAGAGGGGAGUGUCACGGACAUGCUGGGCUUUUCCCGGCCGCUUACGUUAAACUGAUGGAGUGAGCAGCGGCUCUCUGCAGGGACAAGACCCCAUGAACUUUCUGACCGGUCUUCCACAGCUUGUCCCAGAUGCAGCCUUGGAUCCAGCCAGUUUCCAUCUGUAUACUUUUCCAGGCUCUUAAACGGCAUGUUAUCGAGCUCUACAUUUAGCAAAAUAAAUAAACUUAAAAAUUCACCUUUUCUGAUACAGUAAGUAUGAAUUCAUGUGAGCAACAACUUUUGCAGUUAACAUUUAAUCAGGUAGUGCUUCACAUCACUGUUGCUGCACUAAAUCUUCAAAUAGACACUUCUAAUUGUACACGAUAUAACAUCAGACCUAGUCCUGGUUCUUCUAGUGGAAACGUGCACAGCACCUGUUGAGAUAACGUACUCGGUCCCUGUGUUUGCAAACGACAGAUUCUCGGGUCGCGUUUUACUUUGCGACACCUCGAUUAUGGACUUGCAUCUCUGUGACGGCAAGCGUCUGAUUGCAGUACAACCGCUACACACUGUACCUGCAGUUAACCUGUUUGAGUCAAUAAAACAUUGCAGCUUAUAUGUGCAAUUUGUGGGUUGAGGUUACUGUUGUGAACUUGAUACGGUAUGCAAAACAUAUAAAGGGAAAAUGAACAAAAA